UCUCGAAUAGCACCGCGAGAUCUGUCGAAACCAUUGUUGCUGGGUUUUUUGUUUGUUUGUUUGUUUGUUUUUUGGUUUUUUACUAUUCCCUCUCCGCGAAGAGGGGAGAAGAAAGAGAGAGAGAAAAAAAAAAAAGGAAUCACUUGAAUUGAAUUCCACGAAAAUGAAGGACCUUUUCCUGUGAAGACUAAAAGUUUUACGCGUAACUUCCUGCUCAGAAAUGUACGCAAAUCAGAAGCUCCGAGCCCAACACACAAGACAGAAACUGUUUUUAUGACUCUACCUCAGUAAUAUCAUAGCAUCACUUCUCCAAAGAGCUAUACUGAAGAAACAAGGGAAACAAGACUUAAAGAGACCACAGAGUUACUUUUAAGAUGAUGUAGGAUUGCUUCAAAGGCAAAGGUCGUGCGGCAAUUAGUUCAUUGAAAACUCAGUUGCUGUCCCAGCGGUCAGACAGAGAGUGCUCUAGUCUAGGCUUCUUUUCUGCUAUUAAGAUCUUCUAUAGAGAGCUGCAACAAUGCCCAAAAGAAAGGCUGCAGGUCAAAGUGAUGUGAAGCAAGAGCCAAAGAGAAGAUCAGCCAGAUUGUCUGCUAUGCCUGUGCCCAUUAUACCAGAGUUGAAACCCAAAAGAUCAUCAACUUCAAGGAAAAUUACCGAAAAUGAUAUGAUGGGAAAAAACACAGAUACAAAUGCCAAAGCAGUUGUUGAAGACAAACAAGAUGAAGUUGUUGAAGAAAAGAAAAAUGAAAAUGCUGAAAAUGGAGAAGCCAAAAUUAUAGAGGUACCAGUUCCUGCAAAAGACCUUGGGGAAAUAAAAGAAGAAAAUAUCAAAGAAGACGAAGAAGAGAAAGAAACAGUGGCAGCAGAAGGAAAAAAAGAUGAAAAAGAUCCAAAAGAUGAAGAUCAAAAUAAAGAAGAAAAAGGAGAAGAUGGAAAAGAAGACCAAGAUGAAAAAGAGAAAGAACAAGAUAGAAAUGAGGACAAAGAUACAAAUGAGAAAGGAGAAGAUGGAACAAAGGAAGACCAAAAAGAACAAGAGGGUGAAGAGCAAGAGGGUGAAGAAGGAAAAGGGAAAAAAGAAGAUGGAAAGGAGGACAAAGAUGGAAUAAGCAAAGGAGAUGAUAGAGAGGGGGAAGACAGAAAAGAGAAAGGAGAUGGAAAAGAUGAUGAAGAUGGUGAAAAGGAAGAAGAUAGACAAGAAAAAGAUGAUAAAGAGAAAGAUGAAACAGAGGAGGAAGAUGGAAAAGGCAAAGAAGAUGAAGAAGAGGAGGAAGAUAGAAAUGAAGAUGAAGGUAAAAAUGAGGAAGAAAAUGGAAAGGACAGUGAAGAAGAUGGAAAAGAUGAG